AUGAAAGAUGAUUUAACAAAGAAUAAGUCUAUAGGAUAAUAUAUAUUUGGUAAGGGAUAAAAAUAAUAAUUAAAUAAGGUUAAACAUUAGGCGAGGGAACCUUCGGUAAAGUUAAAUUGGCUACUCAUCUAUUAACAGGAGAAAAAGUAGCUAUUAAAAUAUUGGAAAAGUAAAAGAUAGCUGAUUCUUCUGAUAUUGAAAGAGUAACUAGAGAGAUUCAAAUUUUAAAAUAAAUUCGACAUCCUAAUUUAGUAUAAUUAUAUGAAGUAUUUUUGUGUUUUUAUCAGAUAAUAGAAACACCAAAAUAGUUAUUUUUGGUUAUGGAAUAUGUAAAUGGAGGAGAACUGUUUUAAUAUAUUGUUUAAAAUUAGAGAAUUAAAGACGUUGAAGCUGUUCGAUUUUACAGUUAAUUAAUAUCUGGAAUUGAAUAUUUGCACAAAUUGCAUAUAGUUCAUAGAGAUUUGAAACCGGAAAACUUGAUUUUAGAUGGAAAAGGUAAAAUAAAGAUAAUUGAUUUUGGAUUGUCUAAUUUCUAUAAAUAAGAUGAUCUAUUGAAAACAGCUUGUGGAUCUCCUUGUUAUGCUGCUCCAGAAAUGAUAGCUGGAAAAAGAUAUUAAGGACUUUAAGUUGAUAUUUGGAGUUCUGGGGUGAUAUUAUUUGCUAUGUUGGCAGGAUAUCUACCUUUUGAAGAUUCAAAUACAGCAUAAUUAUAUAAAAAAAUUAUAUCUGGGGAUCUUAAGUUUCCAAAAUAUAUUUCAAAUGAAGCAAAGGAUCUAAUUAAAAACAUUUUAAAUACAGAACCAUAACAAAGGUAUACAAUUUUUGAAAUAAGAAAACAUAGUUGGUUUAAUUUUUGUAUCAUUUUUUAUUUUAUUAAGUUUUAUAAAGAUAAUCAAAAAAUACCAACUGGACUUUUUAUUGGUCAUCAUAAGAUUCCUAUAGAUCCAGAAAUUAUUAAAUAAUUGAUUCAUUAUGGAAUCUCAACCGAAUAUGCUGAAAAAUGUAUUGAAACUAAUAGACAUAAUCAUGUAACAACUACUUAUUACUUACUUCUCAAAAAAUAUAUUAUUUCUGGUAAUAAAUCUAUUGCAGGUUUAGUACUUUAAAUCUAAUAUUAGAUAUCAGUUCUGAAUUAUUUGAUCCAUAACGAAUUUCCACCAGACAAUAAACUUAAACUGAUAGAAAAUACAUUAAUAUAAAUAAUCCAUUACCAUUAAUUUAAAGGAAAAGUAUAUUAAUCCAUAUUAUCAUUUUUAGGUAGACAUAACAAUACAUUAUAAAUGGAAGAAUCUACUAUAGACACUAAACCAAGAUUGAACAAUUCACUUAAUACUUAAAAUACUAUAUUCUAAUAGCAAUCACCUACUAUUAUGAAUUAAUCAGUUGAUAUAAAAACAAAACUCAAUCUAGAUUUUUAAAAAACUACAGUUUUAGAUGUAAAUUUAUUGUAGCAAUCUAAUGACAUCAAGGUCUUAAAAUUAAAAACUCCUAUCAACAGAAAUUACCUCUUAUCUGAGUAUUAUGGAAGGUUUCCAAGAAAAUCAAGAAAUUAAGAUAGAUAAUCUUCAGUUGAUUAAGAUUAAUCUUAUUUUAAAACAUUCUAUAAGGGAACCUCUGUUCCAAAAAAAUGA